AUGUCAGGAGAUCAGCAUGUUGAUCACUCCACUCAAGAGAACAGUGAUGAAGAUCGCGAUGAUGUAGUUGAUGCAAAGCCAGACAGAAGUAGCAGAUUCUCACUUAUUGGAAAAAAAAAGAAGAAUGGAGAAGAACAGCCAAAGCUCUCUCUCAGUAAUCAGUACCGAAUUGUUACACCCACAUUCCAGUAUAAUAUGGACUACAAGAAAGUUGGCAAAUGUAUUAUUAUAAACAACAAAAAUUUUGAAGACAAAACAGGAAUGGGUACACGCAAUGGCACUGACAAAGAUGCUGGAGAUCUAGCUAAGAGCUUUAGAAGCUUAGGUUUUGAUGUUUACACAUACAAUGACCGAAGCCGUGGUGAUAUGGAAAAAUUACUGAAGCAAGCUGCCGAGGAGAAUCACAGCGAUGCCGCUUGUUUUGCCUGUAUCCUUCUAAGCCAUGGGGAAGAAGGUCUCAUCUAUGGCACUGAUGGACCCAUGGCUAUCAAGAGUUUGACUGCGCUGUUCAGAGGAGACAAGUGUAAAAGCCUUAUAGGCAAACCCAAAUUAUUUUUCAUUCAGGCAUGCAGAGGCUCUGAAUUUGAUGAAGGUAUACAAACUGACUCUGGACCUGCAAAUGACACUCUGGAAACAGAUGCCAAUCCAAGAUACAAAAUCCCAGUAGAAGCAGAUUUUCUGUUUGCAUAUUCCACUGUGCCAG